AUGGAAGUAAUUUUAGCUAUAAAUCGUUGCAUUGAACUAUUAUCUUCUGAAUUAGCUAAAAAAAAUUUUUGGAGGUUGAAAAAUAAUUUUAUUGAAGAAAUUUCUGAAUCUUUCUCUUUUAUAUUAACAGGCAAAAGAUUGCUUUUUUGGCUUGGUAUUCCAUUAUUAUACGGUAUAUCCGUAGUUAUGUGGGAAAAGCAUGGUUUGUUUAGCGGCAUCUACUUUAGCUGGUUCCUCAAUCCGCACAUUGGAUAUAUUGAUGAUGUUAAUCAAGAAUAUCAGAACACUCUUAAUGCAUUUCACGAUUUAUUAAUUAUAUUCUUUCUGUCAAUUACUUACUUAACGUUUUUUAUAAUUUUUAUAAUAAAAUCCAAACAAGGAGGAAGUCAACAUAGCUACUCUGAAAUAAUGGUUUUUAAAAUUAAAUAUAGUCACAACCCUAAAUUUAAGAUUUUUCUUCAAAUCUUUUUGAUUAGCUUAUUUAAUAGUGCUGCUGCUUUUAUUUACGUUUAUAUGCAAUAUAUCCACAUUAAUGAAGUUGUAAUUAUAAUUGGUCAAAUAUGCUGGUUAAAUGCACACGGUGGAAAAUAUUUUUAA